CUUUGUAGUGAUCGAUUUGUAUCAUAAAAUCAAGAAAAAUUAGGAAAAGAUCCUUUAAAAAAUGGCUUCCUUAAAAUUUAUUGUUACAUUUUCCUUAAUAAUGAUGAUGCUGGCAUAUGAUAAUGCUGGAGCUCGUCCUUCACAUCCAUCUAACGUUAUGUCAAAGGAAGAACAAGAAGUAAAUUAUGAAAAAAUGCCUAUUACUACUAAUGAAGACGAAUGUGAGGAAACUCCUGUUUCUGAAGAGGAGUGUACUGAGGAAGUUACUGAAGAGGAGGAAUGUACCGAAGAAGUUACUGAAGAGGAGUGUACUGAGGAAGUUAUUGAAGACGAGGAAGCUACUGAAGAGGAAUGUACUGAGGAAUAUAUAACGAUAAACGGGGAAACAAAUGAGAAGGAAACUGAGGACUGUACUACAGAGGAGGAAGUUGAAGAAUGUAAAUUUGAGGAGGAAGAUGAGGAAUAUGAAACUGAGGAGGAAGAUGAGGAAUGUAAACCCGAAGAAGAACCUCCUUGUGAGGAGGAAAAUGAGAAAGCGUCAGGACAUGCACAGUUCAUGCUUGAUAAACAUGGUCCAAAGUUUCCGAAAGAGUGCAAGCCCAAACCCAUUACUCCCGAUUGCGAGGACGAUGAUGGAGACGACUCAAACGACUCAGACGACUCAGACAAUGGAGGCGAUGGAGACGACGGAGGCGAGGGAGACGACGGAGACGCCGGAGACGACGGAGGCGCCGGAGACGACGGAGGCGCCGGAGACGACGGAGGCGCCGGAGACGACGGAGACGACGGAGACGACGGAGAUGACGGAGAUGACGGAGGCAACGGAGGCAACGGAGGCAACGGAGGCAACGGAGGCAACGGAGGCAACGGAGGCAACGGAAACGACGAAUCUACUACUCCCGGCAACGAGUCCACCAAACAAACUCUUCCAACUUUACCACCCUUAGGAGACGACGGAGACGAAUCUACUAUUACUAUUCCCGGCACCGGGUCCACCAAACAAACUCUUCCAACUUUACCACCCUUAGGAGACGACGAUGACGACGGAAGCGACCAAUCUACUAUUACUAUUCCCGGCACCGGGUCCACCAAACAAACUCUUCCAACUUUACCACCCUUAGGAGACGACGAUAACGACGGAGGCAACCAAUCUACUGUUACUAUUCCCGGCAAUGGGUCCACCGAACAAACUCCUCCAACUUCAUCACCCUCAGGGAACGCUACUCCCGGGACCGGGUCCACUCCUUCCGGCAAUGGAGACGACGAUGACGACGAUGACAAACCUACUACUCCCGGCAACCAACCCACUACUAUUUCCGACAACGGAUCCACCAAACAAACUCUUCCACCCUUACCCAUUCCACCUAUACCACCCACAGCAUAAAUAAUAGGAUAGUUUUUCAAACACCA